AUGAAAGGUGGCAGGGAGCUGGACCCUUCUCCUGGUGCUGUGUGGCCUCCUGCCACUGACUACUCUGAGGCUGGCAGGCAGAUGUCAAAACUCUCGGACAAGAAGCUAUGCGCCGAUUCAGAGUGCAGCCGUGAGAUUCAAGGGUCAUAUUAUGGAGACCAGGAAGCUCGUCUGGGAUAUCUCCCCAGCAGUGUUGUUGAAGAGACACAUGCGUUAAUGCCUGCUGAGGUUGAGCCUGCUGAGGUAUUUGAAUAA